AAUAUGAGGCGAAAGCAAGACUAAUGAGUCUAAUGGAUGUUAUGCCAGACAUCCGUGUAUUAGGAGAUACUCUGUGGAGGAAUGGUAAGGAAUCCUCGCCACAAAUUGUCCUCACUACUUUUAUCAUUAAUCGUGUAGGCAGGUACUUUGCUGCCAUUACUUGCGAUUCGACAAGUAAUAUGCCUAAAUGAUGGUAACUGUAAUAUAAUUGCAAAUCGUAGAAAACUAUGUCAAAAAUGUCGACUCGAAAAGUGUAUAGCCGUGGGGAUGAGAAAGGUCAGUU